GGCGAGGCAGUACAUUAAACCCGUCUCUUCAUCUCCAGCUAUUCAGCUUGUCUCGCUGUCAUACAACAGUCUUCGGAUGCUACCUCCUUCAUGAAUGUUAUUUCAAGAGUAAGUUAAGCCAAAUAGGAAACUCUCCAUGACAAGUGUUAGAUACCUGUCAGAUUCAUUCACCAAUCAUCUGUCAGACAGUUACAAAGAGUUUACUUUUCAGUCCCGGUGGCCACGACAGUGUUUGAUUGCUUCGAACAAUCCCUUAACGCUGCUCAGGAAAGAAAAGAUUCUGUAACGAUCUCCAUUAACGUCUAGGUGAAAUCUUUGCAAAUCAUCGUUAUUUCAGAACAGAAGAUUCAAGAUAGAAUUUACCAGUUAGACCAGUUGAUAAUUUGUUUAUCUCUCGAUACAUAUUCCGUAUACAGACCGAGGAAGCAUGGCCAAAGCAUUGAUUGGAAUCCUUCUCGACGUCUCCCAUUCCAUGCGUGAUAACGUGGGAAGCGGUGUUGAUGAAGAUGGAGGACCGUGGGCUCUUUCGAUAUUUGAAGUUAUUGACAACCUGAUCAAACACGACGUUUCUCCUGAUAACUCUGUAUUUGCUUUGGCCUUUGGAGCUAGAGGUGGCGACCAGUUAUUAGACAUCUUAACGUGUCUUCAGUCUUCCAAAUGUGAUCAGAAAGCCACAGAUGAUCAGAUAGAGAAGAUUUACCGAAUACUGGAAGGAGCCGGUGCAAAAUACAUCCGCAAAUGGGCAAGGAGGGAGGUCGUCCAAGGAGUAUUUACACAACACAAGGCUUGCUUGUUUCUGGAAAAAGCUGAGUCGGACGAAGUUUUUCCAAAAACAUUUGUCCAAACGUGUCUACCACCAAAAUGCCGAGUUUUUCCUGGAGGAGCCUUAGAGGCACAGCUUUUAACCGGAGCCGAACACGCGUGUGCAAGUGUGUGGUCAUCCAUACGAGAAGCUACAGAGGAAGACAUCCAAGGAGCACUGACAAAGGCCCAACCGUUGUUGGUCAGUUUCAAACCUCGCAUCUUCAAUGUUAAAGAAGCUUCAGAUGUAUUACAUGGAUACAUCGAUGAAGGAGAACUCUCUAAAGAAAGGAGCCGAGAAUUAUUACAGAGAGUAGAGCCCUACAUCUAUGGCGACGCUCCCAUGCAUCAAGCAGUCGGUAGGGCGACUGAGUGUUUUGAAAAAAACGCGUCUACGUUUCAAAGUCACAAAAAGCUACUGUUUGUCUUAUCAGACGGAGUUCCCACAGAUGGAGAAGAUAAUGAUUCGGCGAGAAUAAAGAAAGCGGCCACAAGAUUAGAGAACGCAGGUGUGACCGUAGUUGGCUGCUUUGUCACUAAAUCCACAGUGAUUCAGCCCAGACAACUGUACAGUGAGAUGAAGACAGACUGGGACCAAGGUGCAAAGUUCCUGUUCUCACUGAGCUCAAUCGCAACCACGCAGUCGAUACCACGCACCAUGUUUGUUAAACGUGAUUGGUCCAUUGAGGUUAAGAACAAUGAAACACGUUUGUUCCUGCAGGUUAAUCAUCCCGACCACCUGCGAGAAGCUUGCGACCUUGCUCGAAAGGUCGUCUGUUCUCAGGAGGCGUUAUCCGAUUUGCUUGCAGACGUUGACCUCGAUGUGUACAUAAACCAGUCAGUAAGAGAUUAUGAAGCACAAGCAAAGCAAGAAGGACAGACCUGCUUUGCACAUGCAUCAGCUACAGUGCUUCAUUUGACUAUGAAGCGAAUUCAUGGCCGCCAGGGCAAAAUCCCAGAUUUCGAAGAAUUGAAAAAUGAAAUGAUCGGCCAUUUUGGAAAAGAAGCUGCCGUUAUCAAAACAGUGCUCGAAAAAAUGUGCAACAAGUACCGUUUGCGUUACAAGCAAGUUGACCUCAAGGGUGCCAUAGAAGCAGUCGCUUCAAGCCGACCGGUGGUUGCAACAUUUGGGCUUACCCUCAAUGAGUGGGGUAGGUUUUAUAAGUUCUUCGAAACUAACGGAAAAGGUAUUUUGACAAAAAGGGUGAUCGAUAUAACAGCCCGUCCUGAAAAUCCCAAAGGGUUUGGCCAUGCAGUGGUUUUAACCAGUUUCAACAGUGAAUAUUUGCGACUGUUGAAUUCCAAGGGAUCCGACUGGGCAGACAACGGCUUUUUUAAAGUGCAGAACGCAGACGUUCUUGGAUUUAAGUUUUAUGAUGUUCACUGGGAAGUAGAAGAUCUGAACGAAAAAGAAAAAACCUCUUUCAAGGAACUUGGAUCCAAGCGUGCCAAAUGGCUGAUGGAAACUUUGCCGAGUCUUCAGCGAGAUGAUUACACCGUGAAUUGUCCCAGAUGCCAGCAAGAUUCACCGGUCAAGAAGUUCACUGGCAAUUUGUCAGGUGCUAAGUGUCCCAAAUGUAACAAGGAAUUCAAUCUGAAAAAUGUCCCCAAAGGAAACAUUUUGGCUCUCAACAUUUAUCUCACUGCUUCAAGCACAUAAAUUCUCCUCGUUAUCCUUUUUACUCUGAUAGAGAAAUGUUUAGCCUUCCUUUUUAUUAUAGGGAAGAUAUCACAACCUCCAUAACAGGAUAACCUGAACAAAGGCGCCGAAUGAAAACGAUUUAAUAUCAGUUUCAGUUAAUUUAUAAGUGGUAUUCUGCUUACUCAAACUAGUUGACAGGUAUGAUUACAGUAAUCGUAAUUUUGGCAUAAACAACCGACCCUAGCGGUCCUAAAAAGAAAAAUCUUCAAAGAUUUAGAUCAAGUUUAGUUUUGCAGAGAGAAAUAACCAAGGACGGUUUACAAAAAGCAAGGAAAUUUCCCUACUUUUCAUAGGCAAAACAACUUAUCCAUGCAGAAAAAAAAACAA